UGUGGACGCCAAACAACUACGUGAAUUCACCAAUUUUAGUUAAACAAAAAGCGGAGACUCCUUCACUCUCUCUACAUGACCCUCUCUCUUUCUCUUCCUCUUCCUCUUCCUCUUCCUCUUCCUCUCAAUCUCAGCUUCAAUGGCUUCCGUUUCUCUCUCUUCCUUUUUCUUAACUCAAAAACCAUCUUCACUAUUCCUUACCUCAACCGAUCGAUCUCUAUUCGUUUCUCACUCUCUUCAAUUCAGGUCCACAAAGACAAAAAAAUAUCCAAUUAGGUUUUCUGUUUGUAGGGCUGGUCCUGUUGUCUUUCGCAAUCUCGAUGCUGAUGAUUUUCGCCAUCCUCUUGAUAAGCAGAAUACGAUGCUUUUGAGGUCGAUUCCUGGUCUAGAUGAGCUUGUCAAAGCUCUGUUAGGAACUGUUGCAGAGCAAGUUAUGCUUCUCGAGAAUAUAGGAACAUCUGUUCUUGUUGCUAAAAAUCAGCUCCCUGACCUUCAUCAAUUAAUGGUUGAAGCUGCGGAAGUACUGAAUGUUGAGGCUCCUAAUCUAUAUGUUCGCCAAAAUCCUGUACCAAAUGCAUACACUUUAGCUGUCAGUGGUAGAAAGCCAUUUGUUGUUGUGCAUACAAGUCUUGUGGAGCUUCUGACUAAAAGAGAGUUACAGGCUGUUUUGGCCCAUGAAUUGGGACAUUUGAAAUGCGAUCAUGGUGUAUGGCUCACAUUUGCAAACAUUCUUACACUUGGAGCAUAUACCGUUCCUGGUCUUGGUGGCUUAAUUGCUCAGCGUUUGGAAGAGCAGCUCUUUCGCUGGCUUCGAGCUGCAGAACUAACAUGUGACCGUGCAGCCCUUCUUGUUGCUCAGGAUCCCAAGGUGGUUAUUUCUGUCCUGAUGAAAUUAGCUGGGGGCUGUCCAUCACUCUCUGAUCAACUCAAUGUGGAUGCAUUCUUGGAGCAAGCUCGAUCAUAUGAAAAGGCUUCUGCAAGCCCAAUAGGGUGGUAUGUAAGAAAUGCCCAGACUAGGCAGCUAUCUCAUCCUUUGCCUGUUUUACGAGCUCGUGAGAUUGAUGAAUGGUCAAGAAGUCAGGAAUACAUAUCUCUUCUAAGACGCUCUACACCAAUCAAGACUGCACAAAACAUGUGAAGUUGCACAAAUAUAGAUGCUAAAAUCCAUAGUCAGCAUGAAUCAGUACAGGACUGAAUACAAUACGGAAACCAGGCCUUGAUACAAUUCAUUUUUAUUGGUUGGGAUUUGGGAAGGUCUUAUUAAAGGCCGAUCUGAACAACCAUGGGAGAUGUCUCAUCAAAGCUGGAAACUUGGAUAGGCCCUAAAUAUGUGUUAUAGUACUCUUCUCCUUUGUAUGGGUUGUAAAAUCAUGACCUGUGUGUUUGCAAAAGCAUGGAAAUUGUAAAAAUUGAGUUUGCUGGUGUCAUUUUGUCAUCCAUUUAAAGGCGUCAAGGUAAAAAACGAGAUGUGGAUAUGGUGCUAUCUCAGGGAUCUGUUGAAAUGGGCCCUUGUAAUUUGACAAUAUAUCAUAUUAAAAAAGUUUAUCUCAUGACAA